AUGUUCACACCAAAGCCGACUGCAAUAGUUCUUCACCUUCUAGCAAAAAAUGGUCCUCAGACCAGUAAACAAUUGGGUCGUCAUUUACCGGAUUUCCCUCAAUUAAAAUCAAAAAACUAUCUUAAAAAAUAUAUUUUGAAAAAUAUGAAACUUCGAGAACAAAUUUUUAAAAAGAAAUCCAGAAAUCCUGAUUUAACAAAGUCAACAGGCGAUAAAGCAGCAUAUGUAUGGUUCGUUAACGAUGAGAAAGUUAAGAUAGAAAAAUAUGAAAAAUUACCGGUCGGAGGUGGUCAUUUAUAUAAAAGACCACCAAUUGGUGAUACGGAUAAAUCUGAACGGAUAGACGGAUACAAUCUGGCAGUAGUGUUAGACAUUUGA